AUGGCGGACGACGUCAUAGAAGAACUCCAACAGAGUUUAUUACAGUUUGUGAGUCUACCUUGGAAUAUUUUUACAGGAAAAAAUUAAUCUUUUUCUGACUUAUUUUACUUUUGUAGCGUGUGGAAGAUCCUAAUACUCACCUCAUCCUGGUAGCUACUCAAAAAUGUAUCGAUAGUGGCAAGCUGAAUAAACUUGCUGACGUUUUAACUUGCCCGGAUAAUAAGGUUUGUUUGAUUAUUUUUCUGAAAUUGUGCUAAUGUCAGACUUGUAUAGUUAGUCUGCACCGAUCAGUGCCUAGAGGUAAGAACCUUUUUUUUACGGUGACAACUUUUGCGAGAAAUUGUUGUCAGAUUUCGAGACCAUGAGCGUGUGCCAGUAGAGGAUAUUACAAUAAAUGUAGAGUAAACUUCUUCAGUUAACCUUUACAUUGCAGGAUACUUUGGAAUUUGUUGGAUGGGAACUUAUUGGGGUAAUUUGUCAAGCCUUUGUUUAUGGAACUGAUGUUAGCGUCUUAGAAGAAUGUAGAAAGAUUCUUGAAGUCAUCGCUCUGGUAAGUUAGACAUUGGAGGUACAGUGACGUGUAUGGUGUCAUUUCCCCUGUAAGUUGAUUCAUCAGACAGCAGUUUGACUUGACUAACAUCACUUUACCCAAUAAGUAUAAAAUAGGCUCAUCCUUGGUGUAAAAACCUGUGAAACUCAUGAGUGACACAAAAGAAUGAAUACAAAGAAGCCACUGAGAAGUCAACACAAUAGAGCUAAGGAAAUUAAUAGCUAGAAAACAAAGAAAAACUUCACAGGUUUUUACACCUAGGUAAACCUAUAAAAUAAGUAUUUGUCAUUCCAUGAGCAAGCAUAAAAGUAACUUCUAAGCCACGUUGUUCAGUAGUUUUUUUCGGUGAAAACUUAAUAAAAAAUAUUUCAGCAAUCAAUGUAGCUGAGGUAGCCAGGGUAGACAUCAGUUCUGUCUCACAUCUAACAGUCUUAAGACUGUUCAAAUUGCUGGACUUUAAUUAUAUUGAAACAAUGGCAUGUGGGGGGUGUUUACAUGGACACCGGGGCGACAUUCGUGCCAGUGCAAGUCCACUCUAAUUCUGGCUCUGUAUUUUGUUUUCAUGGUACCACCACAAAGUGUCAUGCCGGCACAAGUCACACCGGCAUGAGUUCACCCCCGUUGUUUGGAGCAAGAAUCUCACUCCGGUUAGAAAUUUUGCAACGGUAUAAUGUAAACUUGAAAUGACCACUCAUUUUGGUGUGAAAUUGGUCUGCUGGUUGACUGGAAUGUGUGGUUCCAAAAGUUAUCCAUAACUUCCCCACAGAAGGAAUUCCAGUCAAGCUUCAUAUAUUUCAUAUAUUAAAUUUUUUGGCCUUUGAGAACCCCCCACGCCCAAGGAAUUUCCAAUCCCUUCCGUGGGGGGAGGAUGGAUAUUUUCUGGAACUACACAAUGGGUAGCGCAUUCGUAAUUUUUGUCAAUCCAAGAUGGUGUCGUCAUGUUGGUCAUGGAACAACAAAAAAACAUGAAAACAUGUUAAUGCGAUACAGAAUCAAGAAGUCACCCCAUUAUGAAACUCAUGCCAUUAAGAGUUAUUUCAUGUAAACUUCCCCUUAAAUAUGUCUCAGAUAUGUUUGUUUAUUGUGUUGUAUUAUGACGUGUCAUCAGCGAGUCAGCUUAAGUCCAGGUGAAAGUUUGUCAGCUAGGGGAAUGGACUUUCAGGUUUAAUGACAGCUAUGUCCCUAAUAUUUUUAUCACUUCCCUGCCUGUUUUGUAAAAUAAUGACAGCCCAGAAAUAGUUGUACCUCAGGGGUAUUUGCAAUUCAAAGAAGCCAGUUUUGGCUGCAUCCUUAACUGAAAAUGGAAACUGCCAAUCAUUUGUAAUUUAUUAUGUUCAACCUUUCAGACAUGUAGUGCAAAGGAGGUCUGCAUCGGAGUGCUGGAACAACUAGACAGCGAUACAACUUUCAGUUUGGAACGGUUUGUUGUUUUGUUGGACAUGCUCAAAAUGGGUAGGUUAGUCUUAAUAAUAAUCAAUGGAUUUUGGUAGAUGGUUACUGAAAGUUAUAAAAAAUGCAUUUUAAUUCAUCAUCAAGUGCUGACAUUACUGUCAUCAUCGUCAUCAUCAUCAUCAUCAUCAUCAUCAUCUGAUCAUCAUUAUAAUCAUCAUCGUGAAUUAAAUCAUCAUCAUCAUCUGAUCAUCAUCAUCAAUGUCGUCAUCAGCAUGAUUAUCGUCACUGUUAUAUGCAUUAUCACAAUGUCCUAAUACUUAAAUUUAUUGUCAUUGCCAAUGUCAUUAUCAUCAGAACCUCAGAAUCUCUUUCUAUUACCAUUAUAAUAAUCUUAGCUGUACACUGUACUUGUCUGAAAAGAACCCAAAGUUCUUUCUGUGAUGUCUCUAAGUUUUUUGUUGCAGCGUUUGCCAGACCACAAAUAGAAAGAUAUAUGUACAGUGGAACCUCCAUAAAAGGAACUUAGAUGUAACAUUAGUCCUCAGCAUAAAGAAUUAUAUUCUCUUUGCCUUGUAAAUAAGCAAAAUAAUUUGAAACAAACGUUUUAUAUAAUGAAUCCUCAUAACACAUUUUUCCAGUCCCUUGGCUAUUUUUUAUAUUGAGGUUCAACUGUAUUGUUUGCCGUUUAACUGACAAUAUUCUUCCCUGUCUGAUGCAGCCUUCUGUUAUGCCUCCUUCCCUUUGUUAAUGAAUUGUUUAAAUAAAUUAGUGGGAUAAUUUUGCUUUUUGUGCUGGUUCAUUUCUUCAAGAUAAUUUAAAGGAGCUGUGUCACGAAAUUCAGCCAAAUUAGGAAAAUUACAAAAUGCCCGUCAAAUUAAGAGAAACAUAAAAAUAACCACUUAAAACUUUAAAGGAAGGUUAAAUAACAUAACAGAAACAACAGAUGCCACGGAUGGGCAAAACUGAAGAAGACUGAAACGGAUUGAAAUUAGGGUUUUUGAAAACUGUUCAGCGUAACAGUUUUUCAAAGUUGAUCCCUGCUGCUUGAAACUUCAAAAAUAAUGCUCAGGAGACAUAUUUAUUUGUCUUGGAUCUCUGGUUUUGUCUUUUACCUGUAAUUUCUUUGCUUACUUUAACUAUUAAGUUCCAUAGCGAUUGAGGGCAAGUAAUUGGCAAAAUUAAACAAAAUGAACUGGACUGCUGUGACACAGCCCCUUUAAUUUUGGAGCUAUCUAAGAAGGGGGGAUUUUCAUGGAUGCAUGCACAUCAUGAGUUAAAUUAAAAUUCUUGUAAGAAAAAGCAACAACGAAAACAACAACAACAGAAACACAAGGAUUCUUUUUUUCACUUUAACAGCAGUCAAUAGAAUGAAAGAGAAGAAGUUGAAAUGUCUUAGUAUGGUGUUGCCAUGUGUCUUGCAAAACAUCAGAAACAUUGAAAUAUCAGAUGAAGUAAUAGAAAAGAGCUCAAAUGAGGACACAGAUGAAAAGGGCCAAGUAAUGCUGCAUUCCAUGAAAAGUGUACUGGAGUUUCUCAGGCCACUUGUGCAAGAAGUCAAUGUAGAGUUCUCCUGUUCUAGCAAGGUGAGUACAUGGAUAUAA